AUGAACAUAUAGAAUUAGGGCUUACAACUACACAGCGGUCACAUAAAAUAAUAGCGGUAAUAAGCCCUGACGUGGAACUUACAAAAAAAAGGCCAAAAUUUGGUGGUUGUUGUCGUGCCAGAUGA